AUGGCCCUUGUAACAAGACAUCUGGAGAAUAACAAUGAUGUAUCAACUAUCUUCAACAGUUUGAAGAUAUGUGGAUACACCAAUGUAGUAUGUCAUGACAUUGAGAACAUCAAGCAGCACUUUGGAAAAGAUUACGAAGGAAAGGAGAUAUUUGGUUUUAUUACCACUUUACAAGAUCUGGACUUCUAUAUCCGCUAUACUGUUGAUAAUACAGAUGACAAAAGAAUCAACAUGGUUUUCUUUGUUUACAAGAAUGUAAUUGAGGAAGCGGAAAGAAUGCCUGAGAUGAUAAUCAUCCAUGCUACAUAUAAGACAAAUAGCCAUAGAAUGACAUUUGUCAAUAUUGCUGAUACCAGUAAUGUAACUGGUAAAUCUUGUAGAACAUUGAAGACAUUCCCUAUUGCUGGUGCUUGGGUAGAGUACGAGAUGGUUGAGAAUUAUCUCUGGGUACUUCGUUGUCUCUGUGAUGCAGUUUGGCCAGAUGUCAAAGACAAUAACAGAGGCAAUAACUUGCUACCAAUGAUGAAGGGAGAAGAGAGCAGUGAGAAGAGAGAGCUUUUGGAGACUUUGGCAGAGUUUAUUGGCAAGAUUGCUUUGAAGUGCGAGAUGCCCGAAGAAGUAAAGAAAGAGGCAGAUAGGUACCUCGAGUUUGCAAAGGAGAAUUGCAAGGAUCAGGAGAAAACUGCCAACAAGAAGAACUGGAUAAACAUGUAUGUUUAUAAAUACCCUCACUUUGGAAAUCGUACCUCCAACUGCGCAGAAAGUGCACAUGCUUCCCUCAAGCAUUCUCUUGGUACCUCUUCUGGUAAAUUGAUGACAGUGACACUAAAAGUAAAAAAGUGGUAUCAGAAACUGGUUGAUGAUUGUAAAUGCAGAUUAAUGACAGAGUGCCUUGAAGAGAGCACAGAAGUUGUGUUUGAGAUAUUCGGGAUUGUUUAUGGGUUAGUAUCUCAAUAA